AUGGACAUUCACAAACAGAAAGUAGUGCAACAACAGUGGCUCAUCAAUUCCGUCAGUUCGCGAUGGUUGUUGUGUGUCGUUGUCAUCGGUGUGCUACUGCGUGGUGGGACUUUAGCUAACGCCUCCCGCUCACGGCGGCUCGUCUGUUACUUCACCAACUGGUCACCGAGCCGUCCGGCCGAGUUCGCCUACGGAAUCGACGAUAUACCGGCGGAGCUGUGCACACACGUGACGUACUAUGCCGCUGGAGUGGAUGCGCAGAACUAUGAGCUCAAGACGGACAACGCAAAGUACGAUAUUCUGCAGGAUGGAUUCAAGAAGUUUGCUAACCUCAAGAAAACCCAUCCACACCUACGACUUUCGGUAACUGUUGCGUGCGAAGAAAGCCGCUGUGGAGCAUUCACAGCGAUGGCUUCAUCGCUGGUCCGACGCCAGAAAUUUAUCACGAGUACGAUGCAGUUUUUGGAACGGUACGGCAUCGAUGGAAUCGAAAUUGGAUGGAUCUGGCCUGGUGGAGAUAGUAGCGAUCGCAGAGCUGACAAGGACAAUCUCUAUCAUCUGAUCGUAGAACUGAAGCGAAGCUUCAAAGAGACAGGAAAUGACUGGGAGGUGGUUGUUUUUGUCCCAAUGAAACGCAACAAAAUCGAACAGGGCUUCCAUCAGCAGCUGAUAUGCCAAGCUGCCGAUUUCGUCCAUCUGACGGGUUAUGAUAUUCGCGAGGAUUGCAAAACGUUCGCCGAUGUUCACAGUCCGAUGAACAAUCGAGCUUUCGAUCAGGGCGAGCUCAUUGAUGCUAACGUAAAGGGUGGAAUCCAGCACUGGAUUGCAGCCGGUUGUCCUGCGGAGAAGAUCGUCCUAGAGGUCGCAUUGUACGGACGAUCGUACACACUGGCCAACGAGGCCGAACACGAUCUAGCGGCUCCAAUAACGGGUCCUGGUCACAUAGGGCAGUACACCAGGAGCUCAAGCUAUAAGGCCUACUUUGAGAUCUGCAUCGAACUCAAGAGUCCCGGAUGGACGAUCGAUUGGGAUGUACAAGGCAUGUGUCCUUACGCGUACAAUGGUGACCAGUGGGUUGGGUUCGAGAACGAAAACUCCGUCACGGAGAAGGCAGUAUACGCGGCAGCGACCGGCCUAGCCGGUCUCUACGCUUACCCAAUCGAUUUAGAUGACUAUAAGGGCGUUUGCGGUAAGAAAUACCCGCUGUUGAAUGCUCUGCGCGAUGCAUACGAGCUGGACAAGGCUCCAGAGGAUAAAGAAGACGAUUUGACGUUUGCCAUUUGGCGCUACAGACGCACUGUACCAUCAACAAUAAGCACUUAA